CUUUGCUGUUUUUUUUUUUUUUUUUUUUUUUGCAUGCGCUGCAAAAGUGUUUCAGAACGCGAGGCGGUGCACAAGCAAGGCGUUGGUGAGUGAAACUGUUUUUUAAGAGGAAAAAAAAAAGAGAGAAUCAAAGUACAAGGUGGCAAACAAAACACCGGAGCAGUGUGUCUCUACUAGAUGUGUUUUUCAUUGUUUUUGGAGCGCACGCCCCUUUGAGAGCCAGGAGCGGAGGAGGUCUGUUAUUAUUCCAGUUGAUCCUGAGCAGCCCAGCUCCAGACGCUGCUGCGCGCUGCCCCGGACCACAGCUAAUCGACUGCGCUCAUAAAGGAAUGGGUUGUUUUUACGCUGAAGGGGACGGAGCUCUGCUCUAGGUCCGCUGGAUCAUGUCAGGGGUACACGCUUCAGAUACGGGACAUUUUUUGGAUCCUGCCAUCAGCGCGCCGCAAGCUCAGGGCGCGACCAACGCGGCGGUGAUCGGCGGCGACGGGGCCGCGCUGCCUCCCACCGCUUCUCAGUCAUACUUGGAGGUGUCCAGGGCUGCCCAAGGCUAUGCGGCCGAAGGAGUGUACACCAAUGGACGGUACAGGGAUCAGAGCAGCCCACGGAUCGGGAGUGGCAGUCGUGAUAAUUCCGCGGAGAGAAUCCAGGGAGCUGGAAACGCACCUUGUGGCAUAAUGAAGGAUGGCUCCAAGCAGAAACAGGUCAGGAAGAAAACCGUGUCCUUCAGCUCUAUGCCGAGUGACCGUAAGAUCAACAGCACUGCUGCGUGCAUGGCCUUUAUGUUGGAGGGUUGUGAGAUGAAGAAGGUGCGCUCCAACUCCCGCAUGUACAACCGCUAUUUCCUGCUAGAUCCUGAUAUGCACUGGCUCAGAUGGGAGCCAUCCAAAAAGGAUUCAGAGAAGGCCAAACUGGAAAUCAAGAGUAUCAAGGAAGUCCGUUUGGGGAAAAAGACUCCAGUUCUCCGCAGCAAUGGUCUCUCAGAUCAGUUCCCCGAUGAGUGCGCCUUCUCAAUCAUCUAUGGAGAUAAUUAUGAGAGUUUAGAUUUAGUAGCCAGUACGGCAGAUAUUGUCAGCACAUGGGUGAUGGGCUUAAGAUACCUGGUGUCUUACGGUCGCCACCCUGUCGACAUGGCAGAACCUAGUCAACCAAGCUUAAGAACAUCUUGGAUUGGUUCAGUUUUUGAACUGGCGGAUAUGGAAAAGGGAGGACACAUAGACCUGUUCAGAGCAACCCAGAUAAUCAAGGGGCUUAAUCCUGGAAUGAAAGAGUCAAGGAUAGAGCUAAAGUUCAAAGAAUUACAAAAAGCUAAAGACCAAUAUGGAGAAGCAAUUAAUUUGGACACUUUUGUGGAGGCCUAUUGUGAGCUCUGCACACGGCCUGAGAUUUUUUUUCUGCUGGUUCAGUUUUCUAGUAAUAAAGAGUACCUGGACAGUAAAGAUCUGAUGCUAUUCGUAGAGGUGGAGCAAGGUGUGGAAGGAGUUACAGAGGAAAUGUGCAGGGAUAUUGUUCAGAAAUUUGAGCCCUCUGCCAAAGGUAGGGAAAAAGGCUACCUCUCCAUUGAUGGUUUCACACACUACCUCCUGUCCUCUGAAUGCCAUAUUUUUGACCCUCAGCACAAAAAAGUGUGCCAGGAUAUGACUCAGCCUCUAUCUCAUUACUAUAUCAACUCCUCCCAUAAUGCCUCCCUCCUUGAUGACCAUUUCUGGGGUUCAUCAGACAUCAGCAGCUACAUCCGAGCUCUGAGGAUGGGUUGUCGAAGUAUUGAGGUCAUUGUAUGGAACGGUCCGGAUAAUGAACCAGUGGUAUAUGUUGGAAGUUCUGUGGCUACUCAGCUGGCUUUUUCUAAAAUUCUGGAUAUUAUAAACCAAUAUGCUUUUGAAAGCUCUGAGUAUCCCCUUAUUCUCUGCUUGGUGACCCACUGCUAUAUCCCCCAGCAGAGGGUAAUGGCUCAACACUUGAAGAAAAUUCUUGGGGAUAAGCUGUAUGCUGAGUCACCCAACAAAGAAGAAAACUACCUACCCUCACCUGAAAAACUUAAAGGCAAAAUACUCCUAAAGAGUAAAAAGCUGCCACCCAGCUGCACUGAAUCUGAGGGGGAUGUAACGGAUGAGGAGGAGGGCCUGGAAAUGUCUCGCCGAGUUGGAGCUGAUGAGAAGGACCAACUGAAUGGUAUGGGAUGCAAAAGACUCAGGCUGUGCCGGGAGCUUUCUGACCUUGUGUGUCUGUGCAAGUCAGUACAGUUCAGGGACUUUGAACUUUCUAAGAGGGAACAGAAAUACUGGGAGAUCUGUUCCUUCAAUGAGGUAGAUGCAAACAGAUUCGCCAACGAAUUUCCAGAGGAAUUUGUGAGUUAUAACAAGCGCUUCCUCUCCAGGGUAUACCCCACAUCUAUGAGGAUUGAUGCCAGCAAUAUGAAUCCACAAGAUUUCUGGAAAUGUGGCUGUCAGAUUGUGGCAAUGAACUACCAGACACCGGGCUUGAUGAUGGACCUUAAUCUUGGCUGGUUCAGACAAAAUGGAAACUGUGGAUACGUUUUGCGUCCUGCCAUUAUGAGGGAGGAGGUUUCCUACUUCAGUGCCAAUGCGCGGGACUCCCUACCAGGAGUUUCGGCACAACUUCUCCACAUCAAAGUCAUCAGUGGACAGAAUCUUCCAAAGCCUCGGGGCUCUGCAGCCAAGGGUGAUGUGGUUGAGCCUUACAUAUAUGUAGAGAUCCAUGGCAUACCAGCAGACUGCGCCGAACAAAGAACCAAGACAGUUUCCCAAAAUGGAGAUAAUCCUAUUUUUGAUGAAAGUUUUGAGUUCCAGAUUAACUUGCCAGAGCUUGCAGUUCUACGCUUUGUGGUGCUGGAUGAUGACUACAUCGGAGAUGAGUUCAUUGGUCAGUACACCAUCCCCUUUGAGUGCCUACAGCCAGGCUACAGACACGUCCCUCUGCAAUCCCUCACAGGAGAGUUCCUGCCCAACACCACUCUGUUUGUUCACGUGGCCAUCACCAACAGGCGUGGUGGAGGAAAGGCACAUAAAAGGGGUCUAUCUGUGAAGAAAAGUAGAAAGGCUCGGGAGUAUACCACCACCAAGACCACGGGGAUCAAGAUAGUGGAUGAACUCUUCAGAGCUUCUACCCAGCCCCUCAGGGAGGCGACAGACCUCAGAGAAAAUGUGCAGAAUGCCAUGGUGUCCUUCAAGGAGCUUUGUGGCCUGACUCCUGCCGCCAACAUGAAGCAGUGCAUCCUGACCGUAUCUACCUGGCUGAUGAACAGUGAGCGAUCGCUGAAGGUGACGGUGGACCUGAGCGAGACCUAUCCCACCAUGGAAGCACAGGGUCCCGUGCCUGAGCUUCUACGCAAAGUGCUAACCGCCUAUGACAUGAUGAUCCAAACCAGCAAAACCCUGAUCGAGUCAGCUGAUGUCGUCUACUCAAAGCUCACACAAGCACAACGGGCAGGUCUGGACUUCCAUGAAGACCUGCAUCGCAUUGGAGUAAAGGAGGGUCUGAAAGGUCGUAAACUUCAGAAGGCCAUGGAAAGCUAUGCCUGGAACAUCACUGUGCUUAAGGGCCAGGCAGAUCUUCUGAAACACGCAAAAAGUGAGGCACUGGACACUUUGCGGCAGAUCCACUGUGCAGCUCAGUCCUGCGGCCUCAGUAAAAACGGAGCGGCUUCCCCACAGCUUCCCCACCAUCCUCACCAACAGCCACCACAAGUACAGCAACAGCUUCAGGCCAAGCCCCACCCACAAUCUCUGCUGCUCCACCCACCCAACCCUCCUCUACAACCCCAGACCUCACCGCAGUCUUAUCUCCACAGCCAUCAACAGCAAUAUCCCCAGCUGCUUUCCCAGCCGCUUUCUGUCCCUACCGUCCAAACUGUUUUAAAACCGCCAGCCUACUCACAUCCUCCACCCUUGCCCACAAAUCAGUUCCAGUCACAAAGCCAGCAGCAGAGGGCGGCAGGACCUCUCAAUACCAUCCCAGAGAGAGAAAAAGAGAUGGUUAGCGAUGGUCCUGCAGGAUCCUGCUGACUAGCAGCCUGUGCCCACAGCGAAUCCCACCCAAAGAGAGACAGAGAAAUAGAGAAGCAGAAGGAUGCUGAAGGUAAACAGCAGCCUAACAAGGAAGGAGAGGUAGAGGUUGUUACAGAGAGAUAUAAAGAGGUGAUGACAGUAAAAAGGAGUCGCCGUAUUCGAAGCGAAACACAAGUCUGAGAAAAUAGGAGACAUACAUUUCCAAUCAGGAUGUCUGUUUUUCUGUCAGUUUUGAGCAGAAUCCAUUUCAGCAAGAAAUUUACAAUCUUUUCCGCCUUUUAUCUCACAAGGACUAAAAAAAAAGGUGAAGAUUUCAGGCUUGUGUUUCGGGUUAGGAAUGUCUACCUUAGGCGGAUCAAAAACAAAGCUGUCCCUGUCUCUCUCUGGGCAUUGCUAGUUACACGCUUAUUCACAAUUCCACUAGCUCUGUGGGUGCAGGCUUUACUUAUAUCAAUGUUUUAUGCCAAAAAUAUGCCUUUCGUUUAAUUUCAGAGACACUUUGCCAUGUGUUCGAGCUUUAUUUAGUCAUAAUCACACUGCCAUUUUAGAUGUAAUGCUUAGCACAAACCUUCAUUUCUGUCUAUAAUGAGGGGGGAGUUUUAAUUUUAAAUGCACAGAUUAAAGCCGCUCUGCUAGUCUGGACACUGUAGGAGUCACAAAUGACGUUUUUAGCACAAACCAAGGAGAAAAUGAGUUGGUUAAAAAAUAUGUUUUUUUUUUCAGUGUUCAUUCAUGCAUUCAUCUGUGCAUUUUUUUAAGCUACUGUCAACCUCCAUCAAACCGUGCCGAUCUAUUGGGUUGUUCACUCAUUCCUGGUCACUUCCCAUAGGAUUUUCUUGUCUCCCGCCCAGGGCCUCUGCGUAUGAUGUAAUAUAAGUUGAUGUUUUGGUCCCCAGGGUGGAGCUAACACAUCCUUCAGGGGUGGAGCUCAACGCUCAGUUACAACUGGAAUAUCUGACCCUCCCUUUUUGAAGUGAAAAGUCAAAACAACCAUGGUACUGCUGUAUGUGGAAUAAAAAAGUGACUAUAGAUGUAAACUCUAUGUAAAAUGUAUGAAAGGAACAUAUAUUGCUAAAAAUCUGAGACAUUUAUGAUUGAUAUUCUUAUCGUUGUAAGUUUUAUUGAUAUUCAGAGUCUUUUUUUAACAUUACCUCCACAUGUACAGUGCUUUGACACCUGUUGUUCUGUGGAUCAGAUCAAGAAAACCAGUGCAUUUGGGACUGUAAUGAUGGGUUACCGGUUAGCUCUGCAAGGUUCAAAUGAUGUCAUGACGGAUGUUUCACUGAAAAAGUGAGUGUGCAAAUUGUAAGAGCUCCAUUGAGUUGCCCAUUAAAGCUGGC